AUGGAGAGUCUUUCUGGCCAACAGCGCUUGGCUGUCCUCAGUUACGAGCAGGUGAGACGCCUCAACGACCUCAUGGACGAAGUCGUUAGCAUCCAUGGACGUGGUAACUUUCCAACAUUGGAAGUGAGGCUUCGUGACCUUGUCAAUGUUGUGCGAAGUAAACUAGAAGCCGAACCUGUGGCAGGUGGUGCUGGCCUUAAAGUACGUGACAUCAGGCUGAAUGGUGGGGCAGCAACUCAUGUUCUUGCAACCGAAUCCACGCCGUACAAUGAUUUGGACCUCAUAUUUGGAGUCGAGCUCUCUUCUGGGAGAAAUUUCGAAAAAGUGAAAACCGCUGUACUCAGUUCCUUAUUUGAUCUGUUACCCGAGGGUGUGAGCCGCAAACGGAUCACUACUUGCAGUAUGAAAGAAGCAUACGUCGGGAAAAUGGUGAAAGUAAAUCAUGACGGGGACAAGUGGUCUCUCAUUUCUCUCGGAAAUUCUCGUGGUCACAGGAAUGUUGAGCUAAAAUUUGUCGACUCAAUGAAGAGGCCAUUCGAAUUCUCAGUUGACUCAUUCCAAAUUGUUCUAGAUUCGCUUCUUCUCUUUUACGAAUGCAGUGAGCUUGCCAUUGGAGAAAACUUCUACCCGACAGUGGUUGGAGAAUCUGUUUAUGGCGACUUUCAAGAAGCCCUCUACCAUCUGCACAAAAAACUUAUUGCCACCCGACACCCUGAAGAGAUUAGAGGGGGAGGACUCCUCAAAUACUGCAAUCUCCUCGUCAGGUCUUUUAAACCUGCGGACCCAGAACACAUAAAGAUACUCGAACGAUAUAUGUGCUCACGCUUCUUCAUAGACUUUCCUGACAUAGGCCAACAGAGAGCCAAAUUGGAGAACUACCUGUGGAACCAUUUUGUUGGAGCAGAAGAGGAAAGCCUUAAGUACCAGUACCUGAUGAUUCUCCACUCAGUUGUGGAAGAAUCUACUGUCUGCCUGAUGGGACACGAGAGGCGGCAAACGCUCAACUUGAUAGACGAGUUGGCUUGUACGGUUCUCUGCACCGAACAGUCGCGCUAUCUCUCGCAGCAUCCUCCUACUAUCAUCUAUGCUGGUGGAUACUAUUAUGCGCCAUUUAUAUCAGCAGCGCCGUGUACCUGCACAUCCUACAUGACCUGCACUUCCUAG